CUUUCUACGGAAAAGUGCCUCUCUCGGAAAGAGGCAGGAGCGGUCCUUCCCGGGAGACGCCUGCCUCCUGCGCGCGGGAUCGCCACCCCGCGCGCCACUCGCUUCCUACGACCUCGCAGGAAAAGGGUACAGCGCCGGUCGGGGAGCACCAGCGCCGGCAUGAAAUUGGAGGUGUUCGCCCCACGCGCUGCCCACAGGGACAAGAUGGGCAGUGACCUGGAGGGGACCGGCAGCAGCGACGCUCCAUCUCCGCUGUCGGCGGCUGGCGACGACUCCUUAGGCUCUGACGGGGACUGCGCGGCCAACAGCCCAGCGGCGGGCGGCGGCGCCGGGGAUCUGGAGGGCGGUGGCGGCGAGAGGAGCUCGGGUGGCGAGCCCAGCUCCCAGGACGGUUCCGAGGCGGCCGAUGGCAGAGCGCAGACCUCUGCGGCAGGGCAGUGCGCGGGCGGCGUGGGCAGCGGCGAGGGCGCGCGCAGCAAGCCGUACACGCGGCGACCCAAGCCCCCGUACUCCUACAUCGCGCUCAUCGCCAUGGCCAUCCGCGACUCCGCGGGCGGACGGCUGACGUUGGCCGAGAUCAACGAGUACCUCAUGGGCAAGUUCCCCUUUUUCCGCGGCAGCUACACGGGCUGGCGCAACUCGGUGCGCCACAACCUCUCUCUCAACGACUGCUUCGUCAAGGUGCUGCGCGACCCCUCGCGGCCCUGGGGCAAGGACAACUACUGGAUGCUCAACCCCAACAGCGAAUACACCUUCGCGGACGGGGUCUUCCGCCGCCGCCGCAAGCGCCUCAGCCACCGGACGACAGUCCCCACGUCGGGGCUGCGGCCGGAGGAAGCCCCACCCGGACCCGCGGGGACCCCGCAGCCCGCGCCUGCCGCCCGGUCCUCCCCGAUGGCGCGCUCGCCUGCUCGCCAGGAGGAGCGCUCCAGCCCCGCGAGCAAGUUCUCCAGCUCCUUCGCCAUCGACAGCAUCCUCAGCAAGCCGUUCCGCAGCCGCCGCGACGGCGACACGACUCCGGGGGUGCAGCUGCCCUGGGGCGCCGCUCCCUGCCCGCCGCUGCGUGCCUACCCCACGCUCCUUCCCCCGGCGCCCAGCGGCUCCCUGCUGCCACUCUGUGCAUACGGUGCGGGCGAGCCCACGCAGCUGGCGUCGCGCGGAGUCGAGGUGCAGCCCGCAGCGCCCCUGCUGCUGGCGCCCCUGUCCGCGGCGGCCGCCGCUAAGCCAUUCCGAGGUCCGGACACCGGCGGCGCGGCGCACCUGUACUGCCCCCUACGGCUGCCCGCGGCCCUGCAGCCGCCUUCGGCCUGCGGUCCGGGCCUGCACCUGUCCUACCCGGUGGAGACGCUGCUAGCUUGA